UUUGGAUUAUUUGUCACGUGAUUAGAGUUUACAUUCCCUGAUUUACUGGGUAGAUCAGUCAUACAUAUCUUAUUUCAGACAGACUAGAUCUACAGGUAUAGGAUGCUAAAUAUGGAAAAGGAACAUAGUUAAGGAUUCAGGCGUGGUCACCAAGGAUUUCAUUUAAGUCAGUUGAAAGAGUACAACAAUGUCAGAAUUAAGAGAUAUCAACUUUGGCGUGGAUCUUAUUGAGGCAGCAAAAGCUGAAUAUGACUUUCUAAUCGAGGUUCAAAGUUUGGAAUACCUUCGAAACGAUGCGGUGCUGCGAUAUUCCAUUUACAGAUACGAAAAAUUUUGGCUUCCACUUGUUGCCUCCCAAAAUGAAAGCACCUUACAGUCUGAAUAUUUACACCCACCAAUUGACAUAGAAUGGGUCUGGCACUGUCAUAUGCUAGCACCACACAAGUAUGCACAGGAUUGCAUGUCGUUGUUUGGAAGAGUUCUUGAUCAUUCUGUUGUGAAGUCAUCAGCUGGGAUACAACUGACAGAAACUAUUUGGUUCCGGGCUUAUCCUGGUGAAACAUUUGAGCUUAGCCCAGAGAUAAGAAAUGGAAUGGUUUCUCCUACAAUAAAAGAAUAUACGUCGCAUUUCACUUUUGAUCUGUUGGCAGCUGUCCAUCGUCAGCAGGAUUUCUAUUAUAACAUCCAUCUGCCACAUUAUAAAGACGACAAGUUUCUUAGGGAUGCCUAUGUACGAUACAAAUUUUACUUAAAUCUAAAGAGGAUACAUCCAAAAGAAUUUUUGGUGCCUUGUUACGAUAUUGAUUUGCUUUGGCACACACAUCAACUUCAUCCGAUCGAUUACAUUAAAGUCACAGUAUCCCUGCUUGGUCGUACCCUUGUUCAUGAUGACACGGUGACAGACAGAAGUCCUGGAUCCAAACUAUCGGUGUCUGAUGAGAAGACAAGAAGGCUCUGGUCAGAAACAUACCAUCAACAUUUUUCUAAAUUUGGUGCAAUGUACCGAGGCGAUUCUCCAAGGGGUAAACUUUAUCAUGUUACACAGCAAGACAUCGACAAAAUGUGUGGAAGAAGAGCUGUUGUCACUAUUGAUACAAUACAAGUCACGUCAUCAAGCACAAAUAAUGAUAAAAAGAUCAAGUUGAAAGUAUUCAAAACAGAUUCCACAUCAAAGAAAUCUACUCUGAUUAAAAAAUUGACAGGAAAAGUGGGAAACAUGACGUGGAGCCAGCAAGAUAUAAUGUUUCCAUUUGGCCCGUAUGAUUCAACACUUGUUUUUGGGAUCGAAACAAGAAACAGUAUAUUUGGCGGAAGAUCAAAAUCCGUAGGAGGGUUUCAAGAAAGAUUUGGUCUUUACUUCAUCCGCCCUGAGUUACAGGAAGGUGGACAAUUCCAGUUUGAAAGGGACAUGCAAGUAGUUAGCACAUUGCCGUCUGCAAAAUGUUUGGUCAGAGGGUCUUUCUUACGACCCGUUUUAGAUGACAUUGUACUUUCUUUGGAGCCAGGUAUCUACGAAGAGGCAAAUAUGCCAACGAAUGUUGAACAACUUUGGGGUCCUGUUCCUUUGCCAAAGUCUGACACAGAAAACAAAUGUCAGGUGGCUUCUCACAGGUUAAGAGACCAGAAUGGAAACAUUAUGUUUACUUGUCGAUUAAUACACUGUGUAAGCGUUAUGACGUCAGUUGUUCAUGUGUUCUAUCAUGACAAAAUGGCUGCAGUUGCGCAUGUUAUCGGUUCUGAUCAACUACCAUUAGGAACACAGGUAGGACCGGAGUGUAUUUCGUUGGACCCAGGUUCUGGUGAAAGAGCGAUUGUUAUCAAAACUGAAGAGGGAGAUUCCCAGAUUCUUGUGGGGAAGUGGGACGGAUUUAUCAAGGGGAUUCCUGGAAGCCGAGGCAAAAGAGGAGUUAAGGGUAAUCCAGGCCAUCUGCGAGUAGAAGUUUUCAGAGUGGAUCAUAAAGGUCCUCGCCAAAAGCAAGUAAUAAAUCUUUUACGAUACCUACCACUAGAGUUUGAUGGACUUAAGAUAGAUUUCACGAAAGGGUUAAUAACUUGCAGCAGGAUAGCUGCAGGACAAGUUCUGAACUAUGUUGCCCUGUCAUUUUCCAUUGCUCUUCUACACGUACUCUGUGUGCCUCGUCCUUCCGACUGGAAACCAGGAAUGUCUCUACAACGAAAAGUUAAAUCAAGAGGAGGACGAAAAAUUGAAAGAUUUCCAGAUGAAGAUAUGUCAUUUAUGCUUGCAGCUGGUCUUCUAUAUCUAACACCCUCAAAUCACUACAUGUAUCAUACAUAUGGUGCUAAUGUUUGUGCUGGUUGUGGCUCUGGAGGCAUCGUAUGUGAUAAUACUGGUGUAGGAUUUGAGCAAGGGCGAUGUGUUAUUGAUUCAGAUAGAGGUGAUUUUGGUGGUGGUGGUGCAGGUGAUGGAGUGGUGGCUGCGGAGGCUGUGGUGGUUGCGGAGGCUGUGGUGGUGGAGGAGGGUGUGGUGGCGGUGGUGGAUGCGGUGGAGGUGGAUGUGGUGGUGGAUGUGGAGGUGGAUGUGGUGGUUGCGGAGGCUGUGGUGGUUGAGGAGGAUGUGGUGGAGGUGCCGGUUGUGGUGGAGGUGGAGGUGGAUGUGGUGGAAAAGGCGGAUGUGGUGACGGUGGUGGAUGUGGUGGUGGAGGUGGAUGUGGUAGCCAUGGUGGAUGCGGUGGAGGCGGAUGUGGUGACGGUGGUGGAUGCAGUGGAUGGUUUUAUAUUACUUUUGAAAAAUAUCCUUUUUAUAAAAUGAUAAUUAAGUUCAAUGUAUUGAACUUUAUAUAAUUUUAAGCUCUAGACUAUUGGUCAGAGAUAUAUUUCUGGUAUUCUGCAAUUCUGUAACUCUUUUAUGCUAUUUACGAACAAUAUUGGUGUUUGUAAGCUCAAGUAACCCAUUUAUAGAAUCACUUUAUAAGGGCUUGUGAUUCCAUGAAUUAUUAAAAAUAGUUGUUAUGCAAUCUUUCAAUUUCAUAACUUAUCUUGUCAUUAUAACACUAUUUGAAUGAAGAAUUAAAGGCACCUUAAUAUCACUGUACUUACUGAGAUGACGUCAUAGAUUUAUUUGACACGCAGUUAAUUUGUGUUUGAGUGCUUAAGCUAUUAUUGAAGCUUGUAUAUAUAAAUUUAUAAAUUAAAUAAGCCUAAUUAACUAAAAUCGAGCAAUUAUUUUGAAUGCAUUAAUCAAUAUUUCCAGUCUUCCUGAAUUAAAAGCGAUUAGGUCUCAUAUUAAGCCGCAGUAAUGCACAUUUUUACAGAGAUGUACUAAAAUCACAGACACAACCCCUCGAUAAUCUCAAAACGAUAUCCGCUUAGCUAUGAAUUAUGAUUUUUUAUACACGUGUAGAUAUUUUCUCUGCUAUUUUGAAAAGUGCUGGGAGCAAGUUGUGCGCUGUUGCUUUUUUUCGUAAUUUUACAUUAUUUCAAUGGGUAUAAUCUUAAUGUACAAAGAUUAUCAAAAGACCGCUUAAUAUCCGGGCAUGAGGAAGUUGCUCUCAGCACUUUUUGGGUUAAGGAGUUUGUCCUAAACAAAACACAAUCAAUUUCAUUUUAAACAUUUAUUCGUAUAUCCUUGAACUUUUACGAUCUUUGUAGUUGUACAUUUUUUCCUAAUUUUAGACGUGUCACGUGACAAACAGCUGAUGUAAGUGAAGUCGCUUUGGCCAAACUUGGCAGACCCUAUGCAUGCAUAUGCAAUCGUAGAAUUCCCAUUGAAUAAAAGCUCAUGCUAAUAAAAAUAAUAUCAAUUUUGUAUUGAUUUUUACGCAAUAUUUUAAGAUGUAUUUCCUGUGAGCGGGUUAACCUAGCUGCGAUAGCUGUAAUGCUACUGUGAGCAUGUUGUCUGCAUAAAACCAAAACAACUCUGCUGACACCUUUGAGCCAAUGCAUUUAGAAAAAGCGAUGUUAAAGAUUAUGAUCAAUUCUUUAGUAUAUUACUUGGAUUGAAUUAAG